AUGGCUGUAGCAGUAGGUAUUGAUUUAGGUACUGCCUAUUCAAGUGUCGCUAUAUUUCGCAAUGGUAAAGUUGAAGUGAUCGCCAAUGAACAAGACAAUCGAACAACACCAUCAUAUGUUGCAUUCGCCGAUGUUGAGCGAUUAAUUGGAAGUGAAGCUAAAAGUCAAGCAGCUAUGAACUCGAAAAAUACAAUAUUCGAUGCAAAGCGGCUAAUUGGCCGUAAAAUUGAUGAUCCUAUUCUAAAAAACGAUAUGAAAUAUUGGCCAUUCAAAGUAAUUAAUCACAACGGUACUCUUAAAAUUCAAGUUCAACAUAAAAAUGAAACAAAAUUGCUUACAGUUGAAGAGAUAUCAUCGAUGAUAUUAACGAAAAUGAAAGACAUGGCAGAAGCUUAUGUUGGUAAAUCAGUUUUUGACGCUGUUAUUACUGUGCUAGAUUAUUUCAAUAAUUCACAACGGCAAGCUACAAAAGAUGCUGGCACUAUUGCCGGUCUCAAUGUCUUACGUGUUAUCAGUGAAUCUACGGCAGCGGCGCUUGCUUAUGGUUUUGAUAAAAGAAUUACAAAUGAGAAAGAUGUAUUCAUUUUUGAUUUGGGUGGUGGCACUUUUAAUGUAUCAAUUGUAAGCACCGAUCAUGGCGUUUUUGAAGUUAAAUCAACAGCCGGCAACAUACAUUUGGGCGGAGAAGAUUUUGAUAUCCGAUUGGUUGAUCAUUUUGUUCGAGAAUUUAAACAGCAACAUGGUAAAGAUAUAUCAGAAAAUAAGCGGAUUAUUCGUCGUUUACGUACUGCUUGUGAAUGUGCGAAACUAGAUCUAUCGUCAUUAUCGCAAGCAUCAAUCGAAAUUGAAUCGGUAUAUGAAGACAUCAAUUUUUAUUCAACAAUAACUCGUGUGCGUUUCGAAGAUAUGAAUUUUGAUUUAUGUCAUUCAACGCUUGAAACAGUAGAGAAGGCUUUGCGAGACGCUCGUAUGGAUAAAAAUAGUAUUGACGAUAUUAUUCUUAUUGGCGGUUCAACACGUAUUCCAAAGCUACAACAAAUGCUACGAGAUUUUUUUAAUGGAAAAGAAUUAAAUAGAUCGAUCAAUCCAGAUGAAGCUGUUGCUUGUGGAGCCGCCAUUCAAGCAGCUAUUUUAGUUCGUGAUGAAUCCAAAAUAGUUCCAGAUUUACUUCUACUUGAACUGGCACCCUUUUCAUUGGGUAUUGAAACAGUGGGUGGCGUUAUGACACCCAUAAUUCGUCGUAAUUCAUCAAUUCCAAUAAGAGCAACACAAACUGUUAGGAUACAUACGGAUGAAAGAAAACAGAUUGUGAGCGUGCAAAAGUCAACCAAAUGCUUUCCAAAAUUUCGAAAACAAAAAAUACAUAAGGAAUCAUCUUUUACACGACAUUUUUCUGGAAUUAGUAUCAAAGUUUUCGAAGGUGAUGGCGCCAUGACGAAGGACAACAAUUUACUUGAUUGUUUUGAACUCAAUGGAAUUUCAUCUGUAGUUAGUGGUGAAAAACAGAUCGAAGUUACAUUUAAUAUUGAUGUAAAUGGUAUUUUAACUGUUUCAGCUGUGGACAGAGAUUCUGAAAACAGAAAAGAAAUAACAGUGAAAAAUAAUCGAGAAUGUUUAUCGCAAAAUGAAAUUGAACGUAUGAUCGCUGAUGCUGAAACAUAUAGAAGAGAAGACAAGAUACGGCAUGAUCGCAUCGAAGCUAAGAAUAAAAUUGAAUCAUAUUGUUUUGAGAUAAACACAGUCAUCAACAAUAAAGUAUCAACACACAAUAUUACAGUUUUUGAUUAUAAGAAAAUAACUAAUAGUAUUGAAGAAAUAUUAGCUUGGCUGCAAACAGACCCAGUAAGAAAACUAGUGUCUCUAUCAUUUUAUGAAAACGAAUAG